UGCACGCUUGUGGGAUAACGAUACAGUUGCAUCGCAUUGAAAGGUGACCCCUGUCCCCCAGCACAGAUGCUGCUUAAUGUUAUAAUUUUGGCUGCCGUGUUGUACGUAUGAUUAAUCUCUGAGUGGAAGGUAGAUGGGCUCACAAAAUACACCUUCACUGUCAGAACCAGGGAUACUCUGUGGAUACUGUGUGUAUACUGUGUGUAAAUGGCAGUUAUAAAUACAAACCAUACUAGACAGUGCCGAAGUCAGGGAAAAGUGGUUGAACUUGCCCGUCUCCGUCUGGUACUCCUGCUCAUCGUGACAGGGAGACGGUCUCAAAUAUCUACAAGUUUACGGUAAAUGACGUAAGUGGGGCGGGGCAUACAAACCUGCCCUGACUUCCCGGUGUUCUACAUAUAUUAACUUUCACCUGCUUUUCUGCCAGAAGGAAACGUGUGCGUAAGCGUAUGUUUUUGAACACCUUGCUGAUGUCGCUCAUUUAAAAUCGUUUAUUAUUUGGAAAAUUACACUGUACAUUACCAUAAGAAUUUUAUAUAAAAAUUAUAUUUGUAAAAAUAAAAAUGAAAGAGUGGUUUAACCCCGACAGCUCCAUGUACGCCGCCUUGGAUAAAUGAGUCUGCUAAAUAAAAAAAAAUAAAAAAACGAUUCUCUUAAUAACGACAAUAAACACCUGCAGUUCUACACUAUGGCAGCAGAGGGUGCUAUGAUUUUUCCUUGCGUGAAGUACGGCGGCCGGGAAGGUGCGCAGCAAACGUGCUGCGCUUGGGGCUAACGAGACCACGUAAGGUGAAAUCCGAUCGAUUUUAGCCAAGUGUCAUUUGAAAACGUAAAUUCCUAGAAAAACGCUCUAGUUUCACUCUCAGCAGAGCAGGAUGAAUACGGCGCCGGAUUUUGUGUUUAUAAAACGUAGGACAUUUCCCGAUGUUAUACAGAUGAACUUAAUCACGCAGUAAUAUGACUGCUUCUCAUUUGUAGGUAGUGUUUGCUGAAGUUUUCUCGGUUAGGCGUUUUUGCUUCGGCUUGUAGUAAAGUAGACGCUGCAUACUACUGUCUUCCCUCUUCUGCUCAGGUAAUGUCCGACAGGUGAACCCGACAGUGCAGGAUGAUUUUAAUGAGAAUAACCUCGGUGACGCCGAGCUGGACCUGCCGGUGGUGCCGCCCCAGACCUAGCCGAUCUGGAGCAGCUUCCUUCGCUCACUCCGCGGCAUUGCGUUUCCCUGGAGACAGCGAGGCGGACGCGAGCGCCAGGACACCCGUGCCGCCGCGCGCAUCGCCCCGGCGCCGCGGUCACGCCGACAUUACGUGGGGCGCCCCGCAGCCCCGCGCUCCGGCGCGAGGCAGGAUCUCGCCCGAGCUGCUGAAGCUGCGCGUGGAGGACUUGGCGGAGGGCCGGCGGGGGGCGGAGCGCCACGAGGGUCGCGGAGACCGCGUGGAGGUCCUGUUCGGCGUGGCCCCCUGCCUCCUGGCCGUCACACAGGGCCGGAGGGAGCUCUAUAGGCUGUGCGUCAAGGAGGGCGUCGGGCCCCAGAGGGGCACCGUGCAGAGGGUGUGCGAGGAGGCCCGCCGCUGGGGCGUGCCCAUCCAGCGCUGCAGCAGGGCACAGCUGGACUCCAUGAGCGGCAGGCGGGUGCACCAGGGCGUGUGUCUGGAGGCCAGCCCCUUGCAGUUCCUCUCGGACAGUAGGAAGGAGAGCUCGAACAGGGAGACACGGACCCCCCCCCUCUGGCUGGUACUGGACGGGAUACAGGACCCCAUGAAUUUUGGAGCCAUCCUGCGCUCUGCCUACUUCCUGGGGGUAGACCGAAUCGCCAGCAGCCUACGGAGCAGUUGUCCCCUGACUCCCGUCGUCAGCAAAGCCAGCUCUGGGGUGAUGGAGGUCAUGGGUGUCUACGGCUAUAACAGCCUCAGCCAGUUGUUGAAGGAGAAGGUGAGUCGGGGGUGGCAUGUUCUGGGCUCUGUGGGGACGACGGACAAGACUACGGCCGUGCCCGUGCUGGACUGCGUGGAGUUCCGACUGAGCAGGCCCACCCUGCUACUGAUGGGGGGCGAGGGCGCUGGCCUGUCCCCGGAGCUCCUGUCUCUGUGCCACACCUUGGUCACAGUUCGUCCUCGUCACCAGCUGCAUCCGGCCGUGGAGUCCCUCAACGUCUCCGUGGCAACAGGGAUCCUGCUGCACUCCCUGCUGAUGUCCCGGGGUGGACCCUGUAGAUGAGCCCCCCCCCCCCCGGCACAGCCCCUGAGACUCAGGCAGCCGUGUGGUUCUUCACUGAGGGUGGAGAUGGGCGAUGGGUGACAUCACUCUCGGCCACCAGGGGGCGCAGCCUGGGUGGUGAUAUCAGAUGGUGGACUCCUCUGUGUGUGUGUGUGUGUGUGUGUGUGUGUGUGUGUGUGUGUGUGUGUGUGUGUGUGUGUGUGUUGUCUAGGUGGGGUGACCAGUGUCAGAUAUCAAAGCUGAUGUCCCUCCUUAACAAACACAUUCAAACAGUGUCUCGCCUCCGUCAGUACUGUACACACAAAGUGUAAAAUAACAUUAAACGGCGUUUUAAUGUC